AUGUCCGUCUCCGCCUUCACCACCGCCCUCUCGGCCGCCCAGUCCAAGGCCCAGUACACCCCCGCGGUGCAGGCCGCCGCCGACAAGGUCAACGCCGACGCCUUCUCCGCCGCCAUCGCGGUCGUCCUGGCCGGCGAUGACAGCGCCACCGUCGAGGGCGAGCAGGCCGCCGCCCUGCAGAGCGCCUUCGAGUUCGCCACCCUGCUCGUCAAGCAGCUGGCUUCCGAGCCCGGGCAGACCGAGAUGUUGACUCUUUACAAGUACUUUAAGCGCUCGAGAAACGAGGAGCCCGCUCAGCCUUCUUUCUAUCAGUUGGAGUCCAAGUACAAGUACAACGCCUGGAAGGAGAUCAGCCACAUCAGCCAGCAGCGCGCGCAGGCCAACUACAUCAAGGAGGUUAACGACCUCAUUGAGAAGUACGGUACCCAGUAG